AUGAUAAAGGAUUAAUAAAAGAAAGUAAUAGACUAUGAUUAAAGGAGAGUCGAAUUAAAUGAAAAGCUGAGGGAAAACUAUUUUAUCUUUUAAGACUUUUUAAAAAAAGGGAAUAUUAAAAUUAAAAAAGUUAAAACUAAAACAGGCAAAUUGCAAUAUGAUUUUGAUUUUUCUUCUUAAAACUACCAUUAUAACUCAAAGGAUCACAUAUUUUUUGAAGAACCAGAAUUCUAAAAUGAGUUUAUUAAUUAAAUAACUUAAUCUCUAAUGUAAGACAUAAAACCAAACUUAAAAACAAGUUUAUUCUCUGAUCAAUAGUCAAAGAGAGUAUAAUCAUUAAUGACACUAAAAAACGAUCCAGACUCUACGAAAAUUAAAAUUAUUAGCUUUUUUAAGAGGAGAAUCGCAUAGCUUGAUAUGAAAAAGAAGAAGACUAUUGUUCGUUAUAGUAAUUUUAUAAGGGGACCUUCAUCUAAUACAAAGUGUGACAGAUAUUUACUUUCAAGAGUCAAUUUAAUUGAUUAAGAAAUAAUACAUUUACAAAGAAGAAUUGAGAGGCUUUAAUAAGAUGACGGUUUCACAGAAAGUUUAACUAAUUUUAAAUAGAGACCUGUUGCAGUAAAUGAAAAGGGGAGUUAAAUUUAUAAGUCUUUAGAUGAUGAUGAAAUGUGUUUUUCAAAUAUUUCUAGAGAAGACUUUGAAGUUUUUAUGAGGGCUAAGUUGUUUGAGAAUAGAUCAAAAAGAAAUAUGUGGAAAUUUUACUAUUAAACUAAAUGGAUUCAUUAUAUAAACAGAUUUGAGAUUAUUGAAGAAGUGAGCAACCAACUUAAUUAAAAGAGAAUACAAAAUUAAGCUGAAUGGACAGUCUACUAUGAAAAAUUAUAUGAUUUUUUUGAAAGAAAAAUUAUUGAAAAAUUCCCAAUUUCUCAAAAUGAAAUGAAAUAAGUUAUCUAAAAGUUAUUUGAAUAAAUGAAAGUUGUUAACAAGGAGCAGUAAGAGUACUAAAACCUCUUUUUAAGAUACGAUUUACUUCCUUUGUGGCCUUCAACUAUUAUAGAAUAAAAUACUUUGCUUUAAAAAGCUUGUGAUUUAUUUGUUAAAGGAGUUACUGUCAAAUCUACUGAAUUAUAAACUUUAAUUUUUAAAAUGAAUAUUAUUAUGGGAGUCAUAUAUGAAAAUUAGCUGGAUAUUAGUAAUUAUGAGUCUAAGGAAUCAGUAUUUAAUGAUUAAGCAGAUAGUUCUGAUCCUAAAAAGGCUAAUAUAUCAAAAAGUAAUAGAGAAAAAUUAUCUCAAAUUGAAGAGGGAUCACUAAAACAGUAAAUUAAAGAAUUAUUAAUUAAGAAAAAAACUAUCAUAUUAGUAGAAGCUGAUUGGGUAAGCUUGCUAGAUUUUACACCAAAAUACGAUGAAUGCUAAAUAAAUGUUAUGAACACUCUUAAUUUACCAAAUAUCACAGAAGACUCUACCACAAAAUUAUUAAUUUCAUUUUUGGGAAAUAGAGAUUAUGAUUCAAUUAAGAGGUUUAUUUCUGAAUAAACUAAAGAAAUCAUUAGUUCUUUUGAUGAAAAAUUUUUUUUAUUUAUAGAGAAUUUAAAGUAUGUUGAUAAAACCCAUAAUUCAAUAUCGUUUGAAUUGCUAGUUGAUACUUAUCAAGAAGGCUUAACUGAUUAAAAGAAGCCUUUCGAUACCCUAAAAAGUAAAAAAUUAGAAGUGAAAGAAAAGUUAAAAAAGGAGCAUUUAUAUGCCAUCAUUGAUAUUGUCAACGAAUAAAAGCCUGUUGAAUCUGCUUUAGAUACAAUUUAUGGACUUAUGUUUUUGAAAACAAGUGAAAAUAGAAGAAAAAUUUUAAAUACUUUGAACGCAAUAAGGUCAAUAGAAAGAAGAAUCACCUACGAUCUUGUUAAAAUAUUUGAUUGCUCUUUCCCAAGAGAAUUAGAUGAUGAGUUUUUGGUUAAUGUAAAUCAAGAAAAGCAAGAAGAAUCGUAAAACGAAAAAUUUAAUCCACAGCCCAAAGUUAAUAAGUAGAACGACCCAUAAAAAAUUAAGAGAAAAUAAAUGCACUCUUUUAGUGAAGCUAAAAAAAUAUUUGAUGAGAGAUACCUUAAUUCGCUUGACAGCAAUAUUUCUAUUGGAAGAUUUGAUUAGAUAGUUUAUGAUAAUCAGACUAACUUUGAUGAAUACGAAAACACAACAGUUCCAGAAAUUUAUGUGAAAGGUGAUGAUAAGGAUGGGCUAAGUGGAUAUGGAAAGUAUAUUGUUUAUGAUGUAUCAGAAAAAGAUACUUAAAAAGUAGAGAAAAGAAUACUUAAAACGAUAUCUUUUUUCAUUGAAAAAUUUGAAAAGGUAAAUAGAGUUAAAGAUUUCUUCACAAUUAUUGAUAGAUUUACUAUCAGUAAUGAUAUCUUCGAGCUAGAAUCCUAAUAUUAAUUUGCUAAACUUAGAUUAAUGGAGCAGUAUAUGUAAGUAUUUGAGUAAAUUAAUGAUCCAGUAGAGAGUUAUCACUUAGCAGAGACCGUUAUGAACUUAAUUCAUGAAAUACCUCACAUUGAUUUUAAAUCUAAUACCUUUAAAGAUUCUUAUUAAGCUAACAUCAAAAGAAUUAAGUCACUUACUAAACUCAUCAAAAGCAUGUAUAUUUAUUAGGUCCAAAAAGAAUCAGAAGAAGUUUCUCUGUUUCAUAAACGAUACUAAAAGAUAGCAUCUACUAAUCACUAAAGCUUUUUUGUUUACAGUGAAUAAAAUCAAGGUGGGUAGAGUUUAAGCAAGUAGGCAAACUAGCUCUAGAAUUUAGCUUUUAUGGAAAGAAGGUAAUAAUAGUAAAGAAAAACUAUAGUAUUACAAAGACAUCAAACAACAAUAGAUGAUAAAAAAAGCGAAAAUUCUAUUAAUCAAGAAAGUAAAUUUGCUAAAUCGAAGACAAACGAAUUGGAUUAGUCUGCCAGAUAAAAAGAACCUGCUGAUAUAUGGAAUAAUCCUUAAGACAUAUACGAUGAUUUUUGUUUGGAGAAAGAUAUGGAAGAUGUUUUUGCAAACAUGAUGACUAUAGACUAAAAUAAAAAUUAAACUAUCUCCCCUAACAAAUAAUCUGAUAAUAAUUCAAAGUAGAGUUCAGAGAAUCAAAACAUAAAUUAAAACAAAAGUGAAAACAUCAUUAUUAACAAAAAAUUUGAAGGAGGACCUCAUUACAUUUAUAACAAUGCUCAUUUGCCUAAAAUAUAAUUUAGUCCAUCUUCAGAAAAUGAGAGUUUCAUCAAUUUUUAUGAAUCCUGCAGUGUUAUUGCUAAAAUAAUAGGAAUUCUCCCUCAAAUAAUAUCCGAUCUUUAGCAAAAUAUCCCAUAAAAGUCAAUUCUAGCAAAUCAAUACAUGAGAUUCUCUCUUUACGAGAAUUUAAAUAACAGAUGGAACAAUUUCGACUUCAAAGAAGCUAAAAAUAUUGAAGACACCAUUAUUUGUGAUGAUGAAAAUAAUAUGGAAAAUAUUAUUCAAAAUACAGUAAGAUAACUUUUGGAUGUGAUUACCGUUAAUAAUGAAGAGGUAAACACUGGAGCAAGAUAACAAAAUAGACCUUAAGAAAAAUUACCUGAUAAAGAUUUUUUACUUUGUCUCGAUUACAACACAUUAGACUCUUAUUUAAAAACUUCAAAAAUAUCUAAUACUCAUAACUACAAAGAGCUUUUCAUAAGUUGUAAUAUUCUUGAAUUUAUAUCAAUUAGAGAGAACCUUUUACACUCUCUUUGGGAGAGAAAAGUCCUAUCUCAACUUUACAAAAGCUAAUAUUCUUAUUUCGGAGUAAAAGUCAAAAAGAAUUGUGAUAUUAAUUUCCCCUCUCCUCUUGACUUUAGCUAUAAUAUAGGAAGAGUGGGAGGACCUAGCAAACUAAAAAAAUUACUUGCAAAUUAAGAGCUUAAAAAGAAUACAUUAAGCUAUUUUAAUGAAAUAGAUAAUUCAUUGGAGAGAAUUUAUAAAUUUAAUGAGAUGAAAAAUAUUGGUCUCAUCCUAAUGAUGGAUUCAAUAGCAGAAUUUUAAAAUAUAUUUUUAUAUGAGAAGUUGAAUUUGAUGACAUUAGAGAAUUGUGUAAAGUUAAAUUAAAAGAGAAUUGACCCUAUUAGGAGCUCAGAAUUAGAUCUAUAUUUUUUAUUGCAGAAAAAAGUUAUUUAAGAAAAUCCUUAUAUCGAUAUUUCUAGGAUAUAUCUCAAUCACUCUAAUUUGAAUGCUAUUACUUAAUCUGUAAAGCAAUAUAAGUAGGAAAUAGGAUUUAAAAUGAGAGAUAGAUACCUAUAUUCUCCCAUUGAAGCUAAAGAAAGGAUUAGGUAGUCUCUUUAAUACAAAUUUAAUGAAUGUGCUUAAUAAAUUUAAAGAGAAACUGAUGGACAAAGUAUAGAUACUAGUAAAUAGAUAUUAGUUGAGAAGCACAUAAGAUGUUUAAAGCUUUAUCUUCUUAAGGUAGUGAAUGCUGAUUUAUUAGUAGAUUUAAAUAAGGAGUGGGGAAGAUUAGAAUGCUUACACUUGUGCUAAAAUUUAAAGAGGUAUUUAAACUGUAUUCCAAAUAUUGGAAGUAAUGUUAAUAUUAAUAAGAGCGAAGACAGGUACUAUGAUGAUUGUAUUUAUGCAGGGUAGAAAAAGAAAGUAACUUAAAGCUCCAGAGAAGAACAAGAAGAGAAUAAUUAAAGGAGUUUACAAGAAGAAAAUAGAAUUUUUAUAGGAAAAAACAAUUCAAUUAAUGAUAUUUUGACUAUUUAUUCUGACAAUCAGAUUAUUAAGAAAGACUUUGUAAAUGAUUUAUAGAGUGCUAAAUAAGAAUUAGCCAUUAAGCAAGUAGAUUCUUCAAUAGGAAUUGAAAACUUAUUAUAAAAGACGGUAGUAACGCCUGUAUAAAAGCAAUAGCUCUUCUAAGAUUACAAAAAGACAGAAAAAAUAAGAGAUAAGAUUUUCUAUUACCUUAUGAAAAUUUAAAGGAGCAUCACUGGGAAAUUAUAUCCUGAUUAUGGUAGAUUUUAAUAUAUAAAUGAUGAUUAUUGUGGAAUCAAUCAAUUGAAUAAACUUUAUAAGUAGUUUCUCGAAUUUAUAUAAGUGCAUUUCUUAAACAUCUAAAUGAGUUUAUAUAAGAGCGAAUUGAAGAUCAUUUAAGAAUUGCUCUUAUUUAAUUAAACAUUUGAAGACAUUUCUCCUGAUAAUGAGAUGGAAUAUGCGAUAAAAUGUGGCAGAGAUGUCUCCAAAACGUUAAUUUCCUAUGAUGAACUUCAAAGUGCAUACUUAAAAGAGAAUUUUAUUGCUGCAUAGUAAUUCAAGCAGGGAGUUUAGGUCAAGAUUGUUAGCAAUAUAAUUGAUGGUAUUGUUAGAAAAUUACAAAGCUUUUCUAACAUGGAGCAGAGUUUUAAAAGAUUAACAAUGGAUUUAGCCUAAAUUAAUAGUGUUAUAUAUCCCAGAAAAUCAAUUGUGAACACUUAAAUUCUUCAAAAAUAAGUCUCAUUAACUUCAACAAACAUGAAUUAAAUUAAAAUAAAAGAUGCAAAAGCUGAAAUAAAAAAAUUAAGCGAUUUACUUUAUCACAAAUUGUACAUGAAUCUUAUUGACACAUUUGUUUCUCAAUGUCAUAGUGAUACUGAUACUCCUUUUGCUUAAAACUUCUUCAGGCUAAACGAACUAAUUUUUUUGAAAAAGCACAAAAACUCAUUAAACCUAAAUUAUUUUAAUACAUAAUUUUUUUUGCAAAAUAACACAUAAAACUUUUUUAACUUCAAAAAUUCUGAUAAGAAUUAUAUCAGAAUUAAGAAAAGAAUAUAUAAAAAAACAUUAAACGAGCCUUAUUUAAAGCUGAAGCUACUAAUCACUAACUUGCCAAUUGAUUUCUAAAAGCACAUUUUUACCUUUCAGAAAAACAAUUAAAUCAAAAUGGGUAUUUCUGAAUAGAUUUUCUCUCGCAUUUCAGAGUUUUACUCCUAAUUUAACUGCAAAAAAUUAGUCAGAAUUUCAGAUCUGCCCUGUGUUGGAUUAAAUUCUUACACAGCAAAUAACUCAGAAUAUGGAAAUAUUUUAAUGGGAUUAACUGAGUAAGAAAGAUUUAGUAUAGCAGGAAAGAUUAGAAAUUUUGAUAAAGAAAUUAAGCCAUUUAAAGUUUACAAAAAUGAAAGUACAAAUUAAAUUGAAGAAGAGUUGAAUUACCUAAGUGUGAUAGCAUCAAAUAGAAUUCUAGUUUAAGGAUUGUCAAUUUACAAAAAAUCUAUAAACUAUCCGAUAAUUUCAAUUUAAUUUUCGAGGAAUUUUAACCAAGAAAGAGAUUCAAUUGACAAAAAAAUCUAACAGGUGAAGAAUAAUAUGGAAGAAUAUUAAAAAAAGAAUUUCUAAAUUUUAAACUCUAAACUCCUUGAACCAUUUAGCAUUUAACUUCUCUAAGAAAAUUAAGAUUUUGAUAGGACAUACAAGCUUUUACUCAACAUAUGUUUAGAAAAAACAUUUUUGGUUGAGGAGAUUCAAUUAAAUAUUAUUGAAGACUCUAUUAAAUGUUUAGAGACAGAAUUUUCAGUUUUAAAUUUAAAAUCUAAUGUUAAUGAUGCAGUAUAGAGAUUAGAAAGAUAGAAAACUACAUAAUCUUCUGCUAUAAGAACUUAAACCUCUUUUUAUAAAGUGUAGGCUAACCCAUGUUUUUCAUCUCCGUUGUUUGUUGAUUAAAAGCAAAUAAUUAUUCCUACUGUUGCUAAAGUGUCCUAUGUUUAAAGCUUCAUUAACAGAUUAAGAAAUAAAGUAUCAAGAGUCGAUUUGCUCAGCAGUGGUUUUGGUUUUGUUAUUUCUGUAAACGAUCUGGAAGAUUGCAUUUAAUAUUUAAAUAAAGCAAUUUAGUAAUUUGGUGAAAAAGAAAUAAAGAAAAGGAUAGAUAGUGCAUAGUAUCUUUAUGAUCUUUAAAAUUCUAAAAUAAAAUCAUAGUAAAAACACAUUGAUGCCCUCAAACAAAAAAUAAAGCUUAUUAAAACUCUUCAAAAUAAACAUAUUGAUGCAUUAGUUCAUGAAAGAGGUAAUAAUUUAAUUUACGAGAUGGCCAAAAUGUAAAGAAAAUAAGCUGAUUUCUAAAGAUUCCUCACAAAUAUUGAAAGCGAAGUCACUUAGGAAGUAAGAAAAGAAAUGAAUUCUGAUAUAUUAAAGUUGGAAAAUGAUAAGUAAAUUUUAAGAAACUAAUUUACAGAAUUCAAAAGACUUCUCACUGUUACUUUUACUCAUGAAAUUAAGACAGCAGGAAGAGAAUUAGAGUCAAAUAUGACUAAAAAAACUAUUGAUGUGCUUAAUCAGCUGAAUAGACUGCAGCAAGCAAUCUUUGAUGAAUAAAUACCUAGUUCUCCAAAGAAAUCUAUAUUAAACUCUGGAGCAAGGUCUCCUUCAGUACUUUCAUCACCAAAAGAUUAAUCAGAAUCUUCUCAUAUUCAGAAUACAAGAUAGUCUAUGAAUUUUAUAUAUCCAAAUUCUUUUAGCUCUUAUAAUCCUUAGAGACAUCUUGAGCUUCAAAAAAAUUCUAACUAUAACGUAUAAAAGUGUGGACCAGAUGAAGAUAUAUUGACUGACCCUGUAAUCACAACAAAGUAUAUAAACAAAAUAAGAAUCUUCUAUUUAAUUAAAAUGACCUCAAUCAAAGAGAAAUAUGAGUAAAUUAUAAAUUAGCAGUAGCUAGAGCUAAAUAAUUUCAAAUCUCUUCAAUAAGAACUAAUUGAAAAUAAAAAAGAAGAGAACAUAGUUAAAAAAGAACUUGUAAAUGUUCACAAUGCUUUGAAAGAAUAAGAAAAGCAAAACAAAAAACUUUCUACAGAACUUGAAAUUCUAACAUUCGAAAAGCUCAAAAUAGAAAAGAAUAGAGAUGAUUUGCUAAAAAAAGUGAAGUAGUUAGAGGAUCAAAUAAAGUAUAUUGAUAAGUAUGAUGGACUUGGUGAAGACUUUCAAGCCAUGUUGAAUGAGAGAGAUGAGAAAAUAUAAAAGUUAUAGGACAAAGAGAAGAUAAUGCAGAAAACUGUAAACACACUUAACUUAUCUAAUAAAAAAUAACUAAAAUCCUUAGAAGAUAAAAUCAAAAAUGAAUUAAAUAUCAAAAGCAUAAUGCUAACAAAAAUUGACUCUACUCAUUCUUCAGGAUUUCCAAAUAUUAAUUAUUUACCUCAGUUCCCAGAAUCAACAUGGUAGAAUAAAUGUGUCGAUUUGCACUCAUAAAAUCAAGAUUUAGAAUAUGAAAAUUAGCAACUGAUUGGUUUACUCAAAAUAUUUUAAAAUGAAGUUUAAGAUUCGCCAAAUUUAAUAUUGAAUUAGAUUCUAUUGAAUUUACAUGAAAAGAUUAAACUAAUUUUAAAUCAAAAAAAUGAAAUCAAGCAACUAAAAAUAUCUAAAAGUAAUAAGAACGACAUAGAUUAGUAAUUAGAUGUUAUUUUGAGCAGCAUGAAAAAAAUGAGAGCAGAGAAAUAAAUAUCUCUUGAUUUAUUAAGCUCUUCAGAUAUCAAAGCAAAAACUAAAAUAAUUGGAGCGAACGUAUCACCAUUUAAUCCUAAUUAUUCUGGCAGCAAGAGGUAAGUUCUAACUCAACCUGAUGAAGUCGAUCUAACAAAUAAAAGUAAAAAUAUGGUAAAAAAUAUGGAUGUGUCAUUUUUGUAUUAAAAUAAGAGAGCUUAAUCAAGAAAUGAAAGUCCUAUUAAUAUAUAAAAUAAUAGCUAAAUAAGAGUUUAAUCUAGUAACUCAAAAUAGAACCAGCUAAAUAAUUAUGCAAACAGAAAUCGAAUAGUUUCUAUUGCCUAAAAAAGUGUUAGAUAAGCUGAUUCUUUAAAUAAGACGUCAUAUUAAUGA